AUGUGCUGGAUCGAAAUCAACGACGAACCAGCCACGCCCAUCAGGGUCGUGCAGCGCCGUCGCCGCGUCUACCAGACAGUCGUAUCAACUCCUUCAUCGCCAGCCCACGGCGCCGACUAUCGACUGUAUACUCCUCCUGCUUCUCCGCCUACCUCUCCCAGACCAUCGUAUACCACCAUCACCCGAACCCAUCGCCAGCGACGCUCGCAACCGCUUGUGCCUGUGUACAUAGAAGAGCGCUGGGGGUCUGCGCGACAGUCCGUGCCGACUUAUAUUGAAUACGGCGGGCGUCGCAGUUCGGGAAAUCUCCGCUCUCAGCCUAGCGUCGCCCCUCCACGCCCCAAACGUCACUUGAGCGUGCUCGACUACCAAAGACUGCGCUCGCCGCUAAUAUUUCUUUGUCGCGGCGUAGAUGAGACUGGAGGUCCUUUCACGCAGUUGCAGAAUCGAUCCAUUUCCAUUCGAUCCUCCAAAAAAGAGGGCAGGCAAGACAGAGGCAGCGGGCGCCAUCGCUUCUCGAUGACGACCCUGCGCGGAUACCAACAGCCAGAGCUCAGUAAGAAGCUGUACAGAAUCAUCAAGAACGAGAACUCGGUAAUCGGAGCGUACGAAGCCGCCGGUCGCGAACGAGUCUCCAUUGCCUCUCAGCUCUCGGACUGGGGCGAGGCAUCAGGCGACGAGAGUCUAUCGGAUAUCUCGGACAAGCUAGGCGUGCUCUUGUCAGAGAUCGGCGAGCAGGAAGACGUCUUCGCGCAGGGCCUGGAGGAGUAUCGCGGCCUGCUCAAGCAGAUCCGCAACACGGAGAGCUCGGUUCAGCCCUCGAGAGAUCAGCGGAACAAGAUCUCUGACGAGAUUCAGAAACUGAAAUAUAAGGAUCCUACGAAUACCAAGCUGGUGACUUUGGAGCAAGAGCUUGUCAGGGCCGAGGCUCAGAAUCUUGUGGCUGAGGCUCAGCUAUCUAAUGUGACCCGGCAAAAAGUCAAGGAAGCGUUCGACAUCCAUUUCGCCGCUGUCGUCGAACGCGCCGAGAAGCAGAUUAUCCUCGCUCAGCAUGGGCGCCGAUUGCUCAAUUUGCUCGACGAUACCCCGAUAGUCCCCGGCGACGCUGUCAAACCUUACGAGCAAGGCACUCUCGCACGAGAGAUACUAAACGACGCCGAGGGUGAUCUGCGCUCUUGGGAGCCUGCCGUCGUCCCUGUCUCGACCCAUGCUAAUGAUGUCGGCUCCAACUUGGUUCCCAAGACAGGGGAAUCCACGACGGCAGCUCCUGGUGCGGACGGUGUCGCAGAAGGAGAAACCGAAUUGAGCCCUCCCAGGGAGACAGACAACGUUCAAACCGGUACAACGGCCAGGGAGAGUGUCGCUACCAAUGUAGAUGAGUCGGCUACGGUUGCCACUGCGUAG